AGCAGCAGCAACAGCAGGAGUCUGUUGUGGAAGAGGCUGUCAACUGAAGAUCUCGUCUGGGAUUUUGCUGUUGUAAUAUUAAUGGACAUCUCUGAUUUACAACACCCCAUUUGAUCCCUUUAAAUCUGAACCACUCCCAGCAGCCCAUUCUCCUCUGAAGCGAAUCAGGCAUAGAGAUGUCUCUCUGUAAAGAACUUUAAGUCGAACUGACAGAUAUGUUUUAAGACAUCCCACAUCCUUUGCCUUACGAAGAAACAACACAAGGUAACAUUAAAAAAUCGACUCCCUGCAUGGGAGAGUCCUGCUUCAAUCAAACUGAGGCUUUUAAAGAACAGCCUAUUGACACUGCUGUCUCCCAUCUCCGGCUGACCCUCCGCACUCAACUUUCUGUCAGGAUGAGUGACUCACAGGAAGCGACGUCCCCAGUGGCAGGCAUAGGAGGCCCUGUUGCUUGCGUAUCCAAGGUGGAGCUGCGUGUUUCCUGCAAGUCCCUGCUGGACCGAGAUACGCUCAAUAAGUCUGAUCCCUGCGUCAUGCUCAUGGUACAGAACCAAGGUCAAUGGACUGAACUGGACCGCACUGAGGUGAUCAAGAGUAACCUGAAUCCGGUCUUUGCCAAAGUCUUAAUGCUGGACUACUACUUUGAGGAAGUACAGAAACUACGUUUUGAAGUCUACGACAUUCACGGAACUCACAGUAUUGGAACACGAGAUGACGACUUCCUGGGUGGUGUGGAGUGCACGCUUGGACAGAUAGUGGCCCAAAAAAAGAUGGUGAAACCUCUGUUGCUGAAAUAUGGAAAAUAUGCUGGAAAAUCCACUAUCACUAUUCACGCAGAAGAGAUUUCUGGGAACAAUGGCUAUUUGGAGCUUUCCUUCUGUGCCAAGAAGUUAGAUGAUAAGGAUCUCUUCAGCAAGUCAGAUCCAUUCUUGGAGAUUUACCGGAUCAAUGAUGAUGGAACAGAACAGCUCGUACACAGAACUGAAGUGAUUAAAAACAAUCUGAACCCUGUGUGGGAACCCUUUAAGGUGUCUCUCAUUUCCCUGUGCAGCUGUGACGACGAAAGGAAGUUGAAGUGCUUAGUCUGGGACUAUGACUCAAGGGGAAAGCAUGACUUCAUUGGCGAAUUCUACACUAAUUUCAAAGAAAUGCAGAAGAUUUCCUCAGGAAACAAGGUCACAUGGGACUGCAUCAAUCCAAAAUACAAACUGAAGAAGAAGAACUACAAGAACUCUGGGUUGGUUAUUCUCAGUGAUCUCAAGCUUCACAGAGUCUAUUCCUUCCUGGACUACAUCAUGGGAGGCUGCCAAAUACACUUCACAGUUGCCAUUGACUUUACGGCGUCCAAUGGGGACCCUCGCAAUAGCUGUUCCCUGCACUACAUCAACCCAUAUCAGCCGAAUGAGUAUCUGAAAGCCUUGAUAGCCGUGGGGGAGAUCUGCCAGGAUUAUGACAGUGACAAACGAUUCUCUGCUUUGGGCUUCGGGGCAAGAAUUCCACCUAAUUAUGAGGUGUCUCAUGACUUUGCCAUAAAUUUCAACCCGGAGGAUGAUGAAUGUGAAGAGAUCCAGGGGGUUGUGGAAGCCUACCAAAACUGCCUGCCCAAGAUCCAGCUCUACGGUCCCACUAAUGUGGCUCCCAUCAUCAACAGAAUAGCUAAGCAGGCGGCUGGGAAGGAACCCAUCAAAGAUGCUUCUGUGAGUAUCUUUAAAGUUUCCGUUUAUGGCACAGCACUGAAAGGGAAAUUCAUUACAAAUAAACACAGAGGAAUUAUGCAAUCAGGUAAUGGCGGAAACACGGCCACAAAAGCGCUGCUGGUGGAUAUUUGCAUGGGGAUAUUCCUCAGUGGAUUCUAUGUUGUGGAAGAUGCAGCUGACUAUCAUGAUCUGGCAUACUUCGCUGAGACUGCUUCACCAGCUGCACUGGCAAAGUGUGUCCUAGCGGAGGUGCCUAAACAGGUAGUGGAGUACUUCAGUCACAAGGCCAUACCGCCGAUGAACCCAGUGCUGAAUUCAACCUCCAGCUCCAUCGCCAACACACCUGAAUAA